GACUUUUCUUACUGCCUGUGAUGUCGCUGUCAGAGCUUAAAAGUGCCAGAGUUCCCAGAGCAGAGCAGAGCAGCCCAGAGCAUGGAACUGGAACCCAGGGUUAUCAGGGAGGGUUACCUCGUCAAGAAGAGAACCGUGUUCAGUUCCUGGAAGGCAACAUGGGUUGUCCUCUUAGAAGAUGAGAUUAAAUUUUACGAUAAAAAAAUUGACCAGAGCCCGAAAGGAGUGAUUCCACUGAAGGAGAGUUUGCUGACCAGCCCAUGCCAGGAGUACAAUAAAAGAAUGUUUGUUUUCAAACUCCGGACAGCAAAGAAUCAAGACCAUUUCCUGCAAGCCUCGCACCUUGAGGAACGAGAUGCCUGGGUGCGGGAUAUUAAGAGAGCAUUAAAAUGUAUUGAAGCGGGCCAGAAAUUUGCCCGAAAGUCAACGAGAAAAUCCAUCAGAUUGGCUUCAGAUAUUAAUUUAGGUACUUUAUACCUCUCUAUGAAGCACUUGGAUACUGGCGUGAAGGAAAUGAAAUUGCAAAAGGAAAAAAAAACCUUCAAUCAUUGUUUCACAGGCAUCUGCGUGAUUGACUGGCUAUUGUCGUCUAAGUCAGUGAGGAAUCGCCGUGAGGGAGUUCUGCUGGCAGCUGCCCUGGUGUGCGAGGGCUACCUGCAGCCAGCUGAGGACAGAGCCAAGGAGGUCGCGGAACAAGUGGCUGAGAGUUGUUUUGCCGACGAGGCUGACGCCUAUUAUUAUUUUGCUGACAGUGGCUUUUUCAGCGAAGGAAAUUCGAGUGAAGACGAUGAUAUUUUGAAGGAGGAGUUCCGAGGAGUGAUUGUAAAACAAGGAUGUCUGCUGAAGCAGGGCCACCGAAGGAAAAACUGGAAAGUCCGGAAGUUUGUGCUGCGGGAUGACCCUGCGUACCUGCACUACUACGACCCCACUGGGGUAAGUGAUAGAGGUCUGUCAGUGGCAGAAAAGUUAAGCAUAGUCAAUAAUAAUCCUUUCAUUUGAUACAGCGCCUUAUCACGUCAUUGAGACAUCUCAAAGCGCUUCAC